AUGAAUAGGGAUAUGGUGAAGGCAAAUUUGUUAUUAUACUUGAAGCUAAAGCUUAUUACUGCUAGACCAGAGGACGGAUGUGUGUAUAACAUUCCAACUGUUUCUAAAGUGGCUGCACUAAUUGUUGGUGAUAUUGUGUCAGGUUCUCAAAGAGACAUCAUUAUCCAGGCACGUGAUGGUAAUUUGCAAAGAAAAAUUGAAUUACAUCCACGUUACCUGGCAUACCAAUACCUUUUGAUAUAUUGCUAUGGUGAAUAUGGUUAUAGGGAUAACAUACUUCAUAAGUAUAAGAACGAACAUUUGGUCACAAGAAAAAAUCGACAGUCCAUCAAGGAUUAA